AUGGCCUCAACUUUCCCCGUUAACAAGCGCAGCGACAAUCGCUUAUCCAUCAACGACCCUAACAGCGAAUACAACCAAUAUCUGACGCAACAGCAGCCGAACACAAAUCCCCCCCAGAGUCUCCAGUCAAUGACUUCCUCCUUGACCCAGAGAGCCGGUCGUCCUCGAUCCCAGGCCGCAUUCUCUUCUCAUGGACCGUCAUCGUCUGAAAGCUCACAGCACUCGAGCCAAAGUUCUUCCAGCUCAUCCUCAAGCACCAGCUCAAGAACCUCCACCAAUGAAGCCUUUCCUGCGCUUGUCCGGUACACUCUGACAGAUAACCCUGUUCGUGCCCAGCCUCCAAGACAACCCGCAUAUAGGUCCAAGCUUUCGAAACAAUAUUCUCCUUCCGAUUCAGAAGACAGCGAUGACGAGCCUUUGGCCCUCCAGUCAUCUCACCAACACACGUACAUGUCUGGCCCAGCUGUUGAGUUAAACAGCGCUGCAGAAAGUUUACGAGCAAUUUCAAGAUUGGACAUGGACCAGACCGCUGCAAGGUCUCUUACACCAGUCCAGUCGCAAGAAUCUGUUGACACGACCAGAGCCAAGACCCUCUCUGUAAAAUUGACCCUGGCCAAGAGGAUAUCGCGUAUAUUUGGUGGAGGGUCCAAAAACUCCAAGAAGUCAUCUCAUAUAUUGACGAACGAGGCGAUUGCAUCGACAUCUGACGUAGAAGGGUCUCCUUACCAGAACAAGCUGUCUUCAAUCGAGAUCAUCAACGACGUGCUGAAGCAAGAGCUUCAUCCGUCCAACAUGUCUAUUCACCAACAACAAUCCCACCCUAACCCAGAAUACGCCUACACCAGUGGAGGGCACGGCGACUAUCAGACCAACCUUCGACUGGGAGGAGUGCCCCACCAGUCUUUGCCUCAUGUGCCGACCCUGACGACGCCCCAGCCUUUCGUCCAGCCUCAAUUCCACAGCUCACCCUUGUUAAUGGAGUCACUUCUGCCUAACGCUCGAGACCGUGAGAUGCGAGGACCAGCGUCUCGGAGAGGCUCGAGUGGACCUCAUGCUAGUCCUAUGGCAGGACCACAUCCCACUCAUCCAUUGGGUGCGCCGAAUCCUGGUACCCCUGGACCCCUCCCGACCGAAUCUCACUCGCGGCGCCUUUCAAGCAAUCAAAUCCAGACCGCCCAUAACUCCUACAUAUCAGAAGCCAAUGGCACGUACUCGAGCAGCCAUGGCAACCUUCUUAACGCGGCAGCAAUUUCUUCCAUCAAGUCACAGCAGCAGCAGCAACAACAACAACUGUUCCGACAGCUCCAGAACUAUCAGCAGGUCCAACAACCCUCGCCCCAACUUACCCCUCAAGGACCCCAGUCAGGAAGCCAAGGAAGACAUCGUCCUACCUCCAGACGUCAUUCUGGCUCUAGUUAUUUUAAUAUUUCGCCACAGCAGAAACCGUAUUCCGUUGUCCAGUCAACCGCCCACGUCUCUCCUUUCCCAAGUCCAGUAAUUGGAGCGACUGGAUCGGCCUUAGGCUAUACCCAUGAGCUCUCGGUGGCCAUGCAGCAUCAACAAUAUCAGCAACAACAAGUACAGCUUCAGAUUCAGCAGCAACAGCUCCACAAUUUACAGCAACAACAACACGUUCAACAGCAAUCACCGAACUGUCAAGUGUCUCCAUUAGCACUGUUGCAGAGCCAGAGCGCGCAACAACAUCAGCAACAGCAACAGAGCCAGCAGCAGCAGAUAGAACAGUUGCAGCAGAUUCGCAUGCAGCAGCAGCAACUCUUGUUUCAACAACAACAACAGCUGCAGCUGCAAUUGGAGCAAGCCCGAGCAGCAGUGACGGCCUCGACUACAACAACGACCAUUUCUCCUUUGACACCCGACAUUGCGACAGGGGGUGUUGCCUCUCCUCAAAAACAGCAGCAGCAGCAGCAUUCAAUGGUCAACCACGGCGUCCCCUUGCAUUUUGCAUUACCAGCAGCCCCUGUACUGACCACAGCGAUGGGCUUGGGUGUGGGAAUGAAUAUGAGUCCACUGAGCGUCAUGGGGAUGGGGGUGGGUCCUCAACAACCGACAAUGAUGCCCCAGCUAGUAAUGACCCCUCCAUUGACUCCUCAACUCAUUGGGUACACGACGCCUAUGUACUCGUACCAGCAGAUCCCGACCAGCGCCAUCCCAGCACGACACGUGCCUGUCCAUGCCGCUACCGGGGGAGCCAGUGCUCGCAGCUCAGCCGUCAUGGGCUACUAG